UCCUAAUGCUUUGCUUAGUCGUCUUGAUUAACUACAAUCUCAGGGUCAAUCAAACUUGCGUUCAUUUAACAGUGAUUCAUAUUCUCGUGUAAAUAUGAAAGGUGUUUCAACGAGGAAUUACAAAGCAAAUCACAAAGGUUGAGAUGAAGUUUGGUAAAUGUUUAUCAUGUGGAAAGUUUCAUGCUCGCAAUUCAUGUGUAUUUCGUAGUGCUAAAUGUUUUAAAUGUGGUAAGGUAGGACACAUUCAGUCAGUAUGCAAAGCUACUGUCCAUUUUGCUUCAAGUAGUAUUAAAUCUUGUAAUUUAAAUUUCAAUGAUUCGGAUGUUCUUAGUGAUCAUUUAUCUUUGUCUACUAUUUCGAAAGGUAAUGUUCAUAUUCAAAAACGACUAUAUACAUCGCUUGGUUCAUUUCAUGACAUUAUUCUGGACACAGGUAGUAUAGAGUCCAUUAUUUCAUUCAAGAACUUGAAAUCUUUAGAUCCUAAUGUUGUUGUACGACCCACUGAAGUAUCAAUAUUGGGGAUUACUGGACAAAGACUGCCCAUACAAGGAUGUUGUGAAUUGCUAAUCAGAGAUGAUAAUUCUUCAUAUAUACCUUGUGAAUUUUUAGUUAGCGAAACAGGACUGUCAAUUUUGGGUUUAAAGAACUUGAAAAGGCUUAAGGUGGAGUUGUCCUUCCUAGUUUCUAAAGAAAAUUCUGAUACUUUACUUAAAGAUUUGAUAGCUAUGUGUGCUAAGUGCAGUGGAGGUAUGAAAAUUAAGCCUAUAAAACUUCAAGUACAGGGUGAUCCCUUCUUUCUUAAAAGACGAAUAAUUCCUUAUGGUCUUCGAGAAGCAGUACAUAAGACAUUAAACGAUUUGUGUGUGAAAGGCAUAAUCGAACCAAUUCAGUCUUCAGCAUGGGGUACUCCUAUUGUUACGCCACUGAAGUCGGACGGCAAGACCCCUAGAAUUUGUGGUGACUAUAGAUUAACUCUGAAUUCCCGUUUGUUGAAGCAAACGUGCACGACGGUAGAAGCUGAAGAUAUUCUAAAUCGACUUCAUGGUUCUAAAGUGUUCUCGAAAGUUGACCUAAAAGAUGCUUAUCUUCAAAUUCCUUUAGAUGAAUCUUCAUCUAUUUUGACGACAAUUAACACUCCUUUUGGUCUGUUCAAAUACAAUUUCCUUCCAUUUGGUCUAAGUUGUUCUCCAGCCAUAUUUCAGGAAGUUAUGAAUAAAGUAGUUUGUGAUCUUGAAGGUGUUGAAGUUUAUCAAGAUGAUCUCAUUGUUCAUGGCUCUAAUAAGGUAGUUCAUGACCAGAGACUUAUUGCUUUAUUGCGUCGUUUAGCUGAGAAGAAUAUUACAGUGAAUCCGAAUAAGUGUUCAUUUUGUGUAUCUAGUUUUGAAUGCCUUGGAUACCUAGUUGAUGGUAAUGGUUUUAGACCAGAUAUGAAACGACUAGCUCCACUGACUAAUGCACCGUCUCCGAAAAAUCUUACAGAAUUACGUUCACUAGUGGGUGCUCUUCAAUACUAUUUUUCUUGUCGUGCAAAUUGUUUAUUUAAUAUUUUAACAUCCAAUUCAUUCAAAUGGAGUGAGGAACAAGAGUCAUGCUUACGAAGUCUACUGAAGUUUCUUCAAAGUGAUGCUGUUCUUCGAACGUACUCCCCUAAUGUACAUUCUGUGCUUAUUACUGAUGCAUCACCUGUGGGAAUUGGUGCAGUUUUGGAACAGGAAGAUAGACCAGUUAUUUGUGUUUCACGCAAACUUACUGUUACUGAACAAGGUUAUUCACAGACUCAGCGGGAAGCAUUAGCUGUGUUUUGGGCUGUUAAAAGACUUCAUAAAUAUUUAUUCGGAAAGAAAUUCACUAUUGUUACUGAUCAUGAAGCUUUAAAGUUUAUUUAUCAUCCCGAAAAAUCCUUAGCACGUUCCUCAGCAGCUAUGGUUCAGCGAUGGAGUAUUGCUUUGAGUGCAUAUGACCAUACGGUUCAGCACAGAAGUGCCAAACAGAUUCAACAUGUUGAUUACAUUUCUCGACAGUCAUUACAAGAUAAACCUAUUAAUACUUCGGAUUGUUUGUUAGUGCAACCUUUACCAGUGAGACGUUCAGAUCUCAUUAAAGAAACUCGUAGAUAUUUUGGAUGUAUACUCAGUGCUAUAAGGAAAGGUUGGAAUGCUAAUUUGAAACGUAGAUUUCCUAUCUAUUUUUCAAAGCGGGAUGAGCUAUCUACUACUCCUGAUGGUAUUCUGUGUUUAAGUGAUCGUGUUGUCAUUCCCCCUUCCUUGCGUAUAUCUGUUCUUGAAGAUCUUCAUAGUGGUCAUUUAGGUGUUGAGAAAAUGAAGUUCUUGGCAAGGCUCACAUGCUGGUGGCCAGAGAUAAAUGCAGAUAUAUGUCGUACGGCAAACAAUUGUGAGAAAUGUCAUCUGUUGAAAAAUCAUCCUUUGAAGUGGGUGCCAUGGCCAGUAUCGUCUGAGGCCUGACAGAGGAUUCAUAUUGACUAUUGUGGACCAUUUCUAGGUAAAUACUACGCACUAGUAGUCAUUGAUUCUUUUUCAAAGUGGCCUGAGGCUUUUUUCACAACUUCACCAAACUCUGAUUUCACAAUACAAGCAUUAAGAAAGGUGUUUAGUGGAGAAGGGGUUCGCAUGGUGUUGGUGACUGAUAAUGGCUCAUAUUUUGCUGCAGAUGCAGUCACUACCUGGUUGAACGGUAUAGGGUGCAAACAUCUAUUUACUGCUCCCAGACAUCCGUGUUCUAAUGGUCAGGCAGAGAAUUUUGUUAGGACAUUAAAGACUGCUAUUGAUUCUAUAGCCCCCUCAACAUUUAAUGAGCUGGAGAGGGGAGUAGAUACCUUUCUAUUGCAAUAUAGAAAUGCCAAACAUUCGGUGACGAAGGAGACUCCAGCGAAGCUGUUGAAAGGAAGAAUUCUUCGGUGGAAUAUGAGAUGUGUGGAGUCUGCAGAAGUUACAUACUAUCGAGGAAAUGAUAUUCGACCAUCUACGUGUAUUGUUCUGAAGAAUGUCGGAAAAUCGACGGUGCGAAUUCUAGACAUCGAUGACUUAAGUACACACAGUCGACAUAUAGAUCAAAUACAAUUCCAGGAACGAGGUGAGUCAGUUCCAAUUUCGAUUGUUAAUUCUAAUGCUAAUGAACAUAUUCUAGAUAAUACAGAAUCCUUAUCCAUUACAAUGUCAGACAGACUCAGGAUGAAUUUGAGAAGAAGACGUACGAUUGAUUACAAACACCUAGACUCCAAUUUAAGCUGUGGCGGAUGUGAUGUUUGAAUGAACCAAUGAUACCUUUGUACUUGUUGAAUACUUGAUUUAGAAUUACAAAUACAAUACAUUCGUUUGUGCUUGUGUCUCACUUCUUAAUUCAAUUGCGUUAUUUCUGGGACUCUUAGUUCAUACUACAAUUCAAAUAACUGAAAUAUUAUAACAGUUCACUGAUAUUCGUCGAGAUUAAGGUCAACCAACGUGCAUCGAUGAAUGGGGUGCCAUGGACUGGAUCAUGCAGAAGUGGUUGCACUCUGUUUCUUGCACUUACUCUUACAAAUAUAUCACCGUAAUAACGUCGUUUGUGUUGUAUGAUCACCAAAUCAGCCAUGAUGCCUGAAUACGACGGAAGAGUAAUCCACGUUGGGUAUUAACUGAGAGGUGUGACCCUGACGUUAACUCGUUGGUCACACAAUUCCCGUCUGACUCGAGUACACUCUCAGUCAUUCGACACCGAUCAUUCACGUUAGUGAUAUACACACCCAUGUCAAAAAGGUGUAAUAUUCGUCUCUUUGUUAGUUGUCAAAGACUGCUCUUUUCUCCAGUAACUAACUCUUCGAUUCUUGGAUAUUAAAUAACACCAGAGUCUUAAAUCUGACGUGAUUUUUUCCAUGGUUUGGUACAGAUGAAGCUGUGUUGAGAGAUACUAUCACAUUACAAUGAAUUUAAUUCAACAAAUUGUUUAAUGAUUGGGAUCACACAGACAUGGUGGAAUGCAUGAAAUUGGAUAUUUAAAUUUGUAUUGGCAGACUGAUAAGGAUGAAAUCACAUCAGAAAUCAUUGUACGAAUUUCAGUAUCAUGUAUGAAAGAAUCUUAAAAGUGACUUGUUUAUAGAUUUAAUAUUUUGUGAUUCACAAUCCUCAUGAGAAUGUAUUCUCAGAUGAGGUCUUGGAUAAACACUGGAGACGUAUUUGAAUGAUUCAAGUCAGGUUA